UGUGCGUUCGUUUCCUGCUUCGUCACGACUCACGUUCCAGUCUUGACUCUUGAGCCCCGGAGGCCGCUUCGAACGAGAAGAGGAGUAAACCGACUGCCUGCGAGCCAGGACCAUCCGCCGCCGCGGCGCCGCCGCAGAUCGAGACCGGCCAUCAAAGCCGACGCCCACUGGAGCUAAAUAGCUUGAUCAUGUUCGACGAAAUUCCCCAGCGCAGUGCAUCUGCAUCGUGCGAUUGGCUUCGGUGCCAUAGAUAAGGAAUGACGACACAGCAGGGCGUUGGGUUGGACACCUGCAUUCUGUGGUGAUUUACUGGAGUAGGUCCAGGUCCUCCUAUACAACCUUUUAGUUCUGCUGCACGUCCCUUUGAUGACAUGUGAUUUAUUCCCUAUAGGUACUACUCGUGCAGUUCUGUGGCUUAGAUAUUCACGAAGUUUUACAAGAUGGUGAAGGAUUCUUCCUGAGAUUUGUCCAGGAUGAUAAAACAUGAGUCGAUCAAACUAUCUGAUCAGGGGCGAUCAAAGAUGCAGCUCGAAGAGUCAACCUGGCCAUUCCAUAUAUCGUCUGAAAGCCCAGUCUCAGGAUCUGAUAAAUUGCCUACCAGAUGAUUGCAUAUGUGACAUAUUCAGGUCACUCGAUAAGCCAAAAGAUUUGAAAUCAUGUGCUACUGUCUGCUGGAGAUGGGCUGAUCUCGUGCUGUCUUUGGCGUCAGAACUUUUCAAAACUGAGAAGAGUUCUCUUGUGUUAAAGGGACAUGAUUUAGACGACACCCUGCUUGUGAGCAAUGUCAUUGACAUUUCCUCUAGGAAUUCAGUUCGUGGUCUACACAUCACACGGUCGUCAACUGGCACUGCUGCUGCUGGUGGUGGUCCAGAUGGACAUCUCACUGACAAAGGAGUCUGCUUUGUGAUCAAGGCAUUUCAUAACCUAACGUCAGUUUGUCUGCUGGGCUGCCAGAUGAUCACCGAUGAAGGUAUCCAUCACAUCUCUACAAGAUGCCCCAUGUUGAGAAGCCUCAAAAUCCAGGAUUGCUCAUCCAUCACCGUCCAAUCGUUGGAAGCGCUCAUGAAACAGGCAGAGAGUCUCAGAUAUUUAACCUUGGGCCACUGCCCCCAGAUCCCGAGCAGCGCCAUCGUGUCCUUCUUGAUUUUGAUGCCUGGUCUCAUCGAUGUGAGGCUCCAAAGCAUGGAUGAUGUCCUAACACAGAGUGCAGGAUCAUCAGAGGUGGCAACAACAGCAGUCUCCCCACCAAUUGCAGCAUCCAAAAUAAGCCAUGAGUUGCGCACCCUGUUCUUGGACAACUGCGCUGCUGGUUAUCUACAAGAAUUGCUUGCCCAGAUUAUUGCUCAUAUCCAGCUCCCACUACUCAAGUGUCUAGUUAUUCGGGGCAGCAGCGGCAGAAGCAUGAACCAUCAUGACCUGAUCCGCUUGCUAGGCCCAGACACUCGAGAGCCUGGACCUAGAAGCAUUCCGUUUCUCCUCUUACUCGGACCUGAUGGAGGUGAUCUCUCUGUGCCAGAAAACAUUCGUAGAACUCAGGUUGGUAAACUGUGCUUUUGACUCGCAGCCAUCGUUUUUGAUGCCACCCCGACCUGGCAUCGUACAGAGCUGCUUCAAGAUGAUCACCAUGAUGGACCUGAGCUGGUCCUCCAGAGGGGACGACGAUGACGACACGGCUGCCGCCAUCGUGAUCUCGUCGCUGGGGGACAAUCACAGGGAGCUCGUCCUGGAGGGGUGGACAUGUUUCACGGGCUACUACAGGGAGCCUCUUGCCUUGCGAUGUCGCAACCUGGUCAGGCUCAGCAUCCGGUAUACCAGUGUCUUCGACGGUGCGGUGCGCUUCAUGAUGUCCAGGAAAUUGCCCCGCCUUAAGGAGAUUGUGCUGGAGGGGUGCUGUUGGAUCACCGACGAGGCGUUCGACAUAUUGUUCUCGUCAUGGUUCUCGUCUCGGCUGCGUAAGCUCAAGAAGGUCGAUGUGCAGGGUUGCCCUGGGGUUACCGUGCAUGCUGUUGUCGUGCACGAGGUCUUCUGGAAGAUCAAGCACUGAAAGGGGGGUUUCCUCCUUUUUGAAAAAAAAAACAUUUUGUUCUGUUGUGGCUCGAGGAUAUCUAUUCAGUGACAUUUUACCAUUUGCUGUGUCUUGAUGGGUUAUUAACAUUGUAUUUGAAGUCUUAUUGAGGUGACAUUCUUGUCUGAAUGAAAUUGGUUCCUGGCUGUUGUUAAACUGUGGAUUCUUGUGUGUC